GGUACUGUCUGAGAAAAAAACAUGCAAACCAGAAGCCACCUGCUGGCUGUUGGAGUUUUGCACAACUAGAGUGGAUCAACUUUUUGACAGCUAUGUAAAAUGAGCUAUAAAAAACAUGAAAAACAGGAAUUGCCGAAUGGUUGGGUGGUUAAACAAUCCAAGACUUAUCCAGACAAGGUCUAUUAUUUCAAUACAUUAACGGGAGUGUCUACCUGGGAGGUCCCUGAACUUCUCAAACCUUAUCUAAAAUCAUCAGAGAGCAAGUCAUCAAAUAAACAUGCAAUGGGUGGUAGUAGGAAAGUAGAGACUACAACAGGGCCCAUAUUGCCUCGGUCCAAUUAUCAGGAAGCCCAGUUUUCACCAGCCCAGGACAGUGAUGAGAAUGACAGCUUAGAUCUAGAGCUGUCACAUGAUGGAACAGAUUCUGGUGCUAGUAAUGCCUUUCCUUCAGGAACUUAUAAUUCGGCUAACCUGCAUUCAGGUACUACCACACAAAGUAACUCCUUGGGCAUUGUAAAUCAGCAGGUCAAAUCUAAUCCAGUGUCCGUCCAGCAACAGAAAGAUCAGUGCAAAGUUAAAUCACAACCAGCAUUAGAUAAACCUUUACAUCCUUCAAAUUCAGUACAUCCUAAAUCUGUUCAACAAGAUUCCAGCAAAAUUGUGAAAGGAAAGAGUAGCAGACCUCCUAUUGCCACAAAUGAACAAUCACAGCAUAAUAAGGCACCAACAAAAAAGAUUACCUUUGAUAAAAAUUCUGUUAAUUCUGAGAAUAUUCCACACAAAAAGGUCAUUAAACUUUCAUCACAAAAGGCUUCAUCUGAAAAAAUGACAUUGAAGAGAAGUGCAGAGUCUUUAUCUCAAGAUAAUAAACUUACCAACAAAAGAUUGAAAGCUGAUGGUGUAGAAGAAUGGAAUUUCUGCGAUACCAGAAAAGUUGUGAAAAGAUCUCCUCCUUCAGCUUUUGACACAUGUAAUCUCUCACCAAGAGAAUCAUCUCCAGAUAAUUUACUGCUAAAUGACCCUAAGAAAAGGGAGGAUAUUCAGUCAUGGAUCAAUCAUUUAGAGUCGGAUGACCCUCCAUCAGAUCCUCUGGGUGACUUCCUGGAUCCAACUUUGUAUCAAGGUUCACCAGACUCUGGAACUUUCAGUCUGGAGAAUGACAAUCGUAAAGUGCUGGUUCAGUCACAUGACAGUGGGUUUUUGUCUGUGGGUGAUACAAGUAAUCUCAGCAAUAUCACUCUGACAAUCAAAAAUGAUGGUCCUGUGAAGAAAGCUGUUGUCAAUCCAUGGAAAGGUGUCCAUGAAACUCCUGUUCCCAUCAACCAGAAGCGGCGAGAGGAGAUCAGUAUGGAGAUUGAUGAAGUCCAGCAGGUGCUCUCUAGAGAGGAUGACAGAGAGAUCGAGGAGAUGGAUGUAUCUGAUAUAGUGCUGAAAGAAGUCCGGGAAUCUGUGAAGAAGUAUCCAAGUGAAGUGAUAGGAACACUGACACAAGUUUUCACCUCAGGCCAACCAGGGCAUAUCCACAGUGUAGACCAUGGUUUACACAUAGUUGUUGACACCAAUGUGUUCAUAAGUAACUUGGCUUUUGUACAAGACCUUCGAGACCACUGCUUUGAAAAAUUUGGGCUUCCUAAUCUAGUCAUUCCGUGGGUGGUGAUGCAGGAAUUGGAUGCACUGAAAUCAAACAAGUCAUCUGCUGCCACUAUGUCCAUGAAGAUUGGUAAAUGUGCCAGAGCAGCUGUACACUAUAUCUAUCAAUGUUUCAUGGACAACCAUCAGCGAGUGAUUGGUCAAAGUGCAACACAGGCAUCAGAUGCCUCUAAAGAAUUCCAGGCUGAGUGCAAUGAUGAUAGAAUUCUACAAACCUGCUUGCAGUGUCAAAAAAAACGAAUGAACUCAACUGUGAUACUGUUAAGUAAUGAUAAAAACCUCCUUAGUAAGGCCAGAAUUAAUAAAAUUCCAGCAUUUGACAGUUUUCUAUUAAUGAAUGGAGUAAAAUCUCUUCAACCCCAUUGUCCCAACAAAAUAGGAAAUGAAAAUUACCCAUCAUUGGUCCCCAGUGAAUCCAAACAGAAACCGUCCAAAUCAAAUGCCAUGUCUCCCUCUGUCCCCUCAGAAGACCUCAGUCAGUUGUUAGAUGAGAUGCUCUGCAAAUUGAAAAUGUGGCUGAAGAAUGCUUUGUCCAGUGUCUUAGAAUGUGAAAUGAAAGCAGCAUAUGAUGAUAUUUGGUUAGAGAUUGUGUUCAGGAAGCCACCUUGGACCCUCUCAGACCUACUUGAGUGCUUCAAAAAACACUGGAUCGCAGUAUUUGGACAGAUUUACAGAAGAGAUUUAAGUACAGUAGUGGACAGACUAUUGGCCAGAUUUAAGAUCAAUGCACAUUUCCAUCUGAGUUUAGAGAUUUACCGGUACCUGUUGAAUGACUGUCUAGAAUUGUUGGAGGAAUGUUACAAACACAGAAAAGAUGACACCUCCAUUGGUGAGGCGUUGUCAGGGAUGAAGAAAUGUGAGCAGCUGUGUCAUGACCUCAAGGCUGGGAAUGUCAAUGUCAGCAGUCUGGAGGCUUAUUUGUCUGGGAAGCAAUUAAUGGCUGAUUCAAAGAAUAAGGAAUGUAUGGACAAAAAUAAGAACAGGGUAGAACAUUUAAGUAUAGAAGAUGUAGAAUCUAAACUGACCAACAUAUGGGAUGUUGUUUAUUUCUGUUGUGAGGAUUUUCAGAGGGUGAUUGAUGACAGGAGAAAGAAUGGCAGCACUAAUUCUGAGCAGCUGCAGAAAAUGAUGAUUGUUUUUCAGAAGUUGGUCCCAGCUCUGGAUGGAAUUCGAUAUGAAUAUGAGCAGGCCUUGAGAUUCAGCCCAAAGGAUAUAUUAGAUAAAGCAGCUCUUGUUCAUGGACUCUGUGUUCAGCUGAACAGCUUCUACAUUAGAUUAAAUGUGGAGGCAAAAGAUGGUAAUUUAGAGGUGGCUAAUUUGCAGUCGUUAUUUGGGAUGGAAAGCAAGAGACAAAUGCUUAAAGAUGGACUGGAUCACCUAGACAAAAUGAUCAUGAAGAUUCAUGAACAAGUUAAAAUGAUGCAGGGGUGAAGAGAUUUGUAGAAAAGUGUAUGCUGCCAAACAGCUAAUGUACAUACCUUGUUAGGGAGAAAAAAAAAAACCGUUAAGUCAUGAGUGUGAGAAGGAAGAGAAAAACACUUUGGUCUAUCAGGCCCGUGCUGAAUGAUUUGCAGAUAAUUUCAUAUUGAAUGUUAAAUGUACCAUUAAAAAAAAUCAACUUUCAUAUUCAUGUCUGAGAGGAAGUAUUAACAUUGAUGUAAAUAUGCAGCUGUAUUUGUUUUGAAUGUAUUGUAAAACUGUGCAGUCCUGAUAUGGAGAUAAAAAAUUAUAUUCAAAGCUCAUUAUUCUAUUACUUGUACAUUUAUCUAUUGUUUAAUGUAGGUAUUAUGCAAAAGCUUGAAAUUGAAUCAUUGAUUUUACUGAUUUAACAGCUUUAAUUUCUGUAUCAGUGUGUUCAAGUCCCUUUAUUUAUCCUAUCUCUGAGAAACAAAAUGAGUUACUAACCUAGUUAACGCAGUUUUUUCACAAAAAUGAUUUAAUUUCAGUGUAAUGUAAUUUUCUCUCUUCAACAAAAACAUUGAAGAUAAUUAUGUUUUACUUUGACCAAAUUUGUGAAAUACUUAGUAUAAAAUCAGUGUUGUGAAGAGACCUCUAUCCAAACUUGAAUUAGUACAUGUAUAUAUUUGAUAAUAACCUGAAGGUUGUAGUUGGUUGUACAAGAUUACUCAGCUGUUUUUUUGUGAUAUGUCAACAUUUAUGUAAAUAAAUAAGACACAAAGUACCCUCUGUAGUAGAGGCGAAUUUAUUAUAUCUCAUAAUGAGAUCAACAAAAAUGUUCAUUUAUUUGGUGCUAGAUAGAUUGAAUUCAAGAAAUUUACAUUAGUUCUCUAUUUUCCUAGUCAGUUAGGUGAAAAACAAAGUUGGAACAUUACAGUUUCAUGAUAUUUUAGGUAUUAAUUGUAUAGAUAUUAGAAUUUUAUAAUAAAGACUUACCCAGUAGUAUUCUUUUUGAUGACAGGUUGUUAUUUCUUUUUUUUUCCUAAAAAUCGCUGAAUCUCUUGUGUAAAGAUUUUACAAAGUCUAUAUAUGUAAAGUUACGUGUAUUGGCUUCAUACACUGUGUAAUGGCUUUGCUCCAUGUAUUGAACAUGACUAUCUAUCCAAUUUUAUUUCAAUACCUUUUUUCCCAAUUCAUCAGAGACAAAGAUAUAUGUAGGGAAGGGUAAGAAUUAUUGUUUAAAUGACUGUUUUCCAGAACAGAGAAGAAAUUUAGUACAUUAUAUGGCCAUGUUUAAAUUUAUUUAAAUAAGCAAACAUAUAUCAUGUGAAUGUAGUUUGUUUAUUCAGUGAAGAACCAUUGUUGAUGAACUUGUAGAUUUGAAUAUUUUACUUUGAGUUUAGGUAGAUGUUUAUACUUUUGUUUCAUUUGAGCCAAACUGGCUAAGUACCUAUGCUAUACCCGGUAUUUGUAUUGUUGCAAUCGGCUAGCAAAGCUGUACAUUGUUAAUAAAGUUGUUAAUAUCUCUUAUAAAA